AUGGCGGCUGUAUCGACUGAAUCGAUGAUGAAUUUGUCGUCCAACGCUGUCUGCAACUUCAGUGGUUCUUCGAGAAGACCUUUGGCCGCGGCCUCUCAGUCUCCACGACGCCGUAAGUGGAGUUAUUCUUCUCAGAGGGUUCGAGCUCUAUCUUCCUCUUUUCUCGGGAGCCUGAGGCUCUGUUCUACUGCUGCGAGGCUCUCAGCUCUGCAAAACAAACAGCAAAGAAUGAAAUUUUCUGUCUGUGCAAUGGCUGCUGGCGAGAAGAGAUCGGUUCCACUGCAAGACUAUCGCAACAUUGGCAUCAUGGCCCACAUAGACGCGGGCAAGACCACAACCACCGAGCGGAUCCUUUACUACACGGGCCGCAACUACAAAAUUGGUGAGGUCCAUGAAGGCACUGCCACCAUGGACUGGAUGGAGCAGGAGCAAGAAAGGGGUAUCACGAUAACCUCUGCCGCCACCACCACUUUCUGGAACGAGCACCGGAUCAACAUCAUCGACACUCCCGGCCACGUCGACUUCACGCUCGAAGUCGAGCGUGCGCUUCGUGUCCUUGACGGGGCCAUCUGCUUGUUCGACAGUGUGGCUGGAGUCGAGCCCCAGUCCGAGACUGUCUGGAGGCAGGCUGAUAAAUACGGUGUCCCACGAAUAUGUUUCGUCAACAAGAUGGACAGGCUAGGUGCAAAUUUCUACCGGACGAGGGACAUGAUCAUCACGAACCUCGGCGCGAAGCCACUCGUGCUUCAACUCCCGAUUGGUGCGGAAGACACUUUCAAAGGGGUUGUCGAUCUUAUCGGAAUGCGGGCGAUUAUUUGGUCCGGGGAGGAAUUGGGGGCGAAAUUCUCGUACGAAGAGAUCCCUUCGGAUCUUGUUGAGCUGGCUCAGGAGUAUCGGGCCCAGAUGAUCGAGACAGUAGUCGAACUGGAUGAUGCGGCCAUGGAGGGUUAUCUUGAAGGGAUCGAGCCGGACGAGGGUAUGGUGAAGAAAUUGAUCAGGCAAGGCACGCUCUCGGCUAGCUUUGUUCCGGUUUUAUGCGGAUCGGCUUUCAAGAAUAAAGGGGUUCAGCCACUUUUGGAUGCUGUUGUGGAUUUCUUGCCCUCCCCCAUUGAUUUACCGCCUAUGAAGGGAACAGACCCGGAGGAUCCCGAGUUGGUGAUCGAGAGGGCAGCGAGUGAUGACGAGCCUUUUGCUGGUUUGGCUUUCAAGAUUAUGAGUGAUCCUUUCGUGGGGUCUCUUACGUUCGUCCGGGUUUACUCGGGGAAGCUUGAUGCCUCGUCAUAUGUGCUGAACGCGAAUAAAGGGAAGAAGGAGAGGAUUGGGAGACUCCUUGAAAUGCAUGCGAACAGUAGGGAGGAUAUUAAGGCGGCAUUGACCGGUGAUAUUGUUGCACUUGCAGGGUUAAAAGAUACAAUUACGGGAGAAACAUUGUGUGAUCCUGAUAAUGCUAUUGUUCUCGAGCGGAUGGACUUCCCGGACCCUGUGAUUAAGGUUGCAAUCGAGCCGAAGACUAAGGCCGAUAUCGAUAAGAUGGCAGCUGGGUUGCUUAAGUUAGCUCAAGAAGACCCGUCUUUCCACUUUUCGAGAGAUGAAGAGACCAAUCAAACGGUUAUCGAAGGAAUGGGAGAGUUGCACCUCGAGAUUAUUGUUGAUAGGCUUAAGAGGGAAUAUAAGGUGGAGGCGAAUGUGGGAGCACCCCAAGUGAAUUAUCGGGAGAGCAUUUCCCGGGUCACAGAAGUCACGUACGUCCACAAGAAACAGUCGGGAGGCGCUGGUCAAUUCGCUGAGGUCAGCAUCAGGUUCGAGCCUCUCGAGGGCGGAACUGGGUACGAGUUCAAAAGCGAGAUUAAAGGAGGAGUUGUACCGAAAGAGUACAUUCCAGGUGUCAUGAAAGGAUUGGAAGAAUGCAUGUCCAACGGUGUGCUGGCGGGUUUCCCUGUUGUCGGAGUUCGUGCAGUCUUGGUCGAUGGGUCGUAUCACGAUGUCGACUCUAGUGUGCUGGCCUUCCAGCUGGCGGCCAGAGGUGCAUUCAGGGAAGGGAUGAGAAAGGCGGGCCCACAGAUGCUCGAGCCGAUUAUGAAAGUUGAGGUUGUCACGCCAGAAGAGCAUUUAGGGGAUGUUAUUGGCGAUCUCAACUCGAGAAGAGGUCAGAUCGACAACUUUGGAGAUAAACCCGGUGGAUUGAAGGUGGUUGAUGCAUUGGUGCCUUUAGCCGAGAUGUUUCAGUAUGUGAGCACACUUAGAGGAACAACAAAAGGGCGAGCUUCCUAUACCAUGCAGUUGGCCAGAUUCGAUGUUGUUCCUCUACAUAUUCAGAACCAGCUGGCGGCAAAAGGGGAGGCUGUUGCUGCUGCUUGA